AUGUUUGCUACACAACGCUAUCUGGAGGCUGUUGACGCCGGAAGAAAGCGCUUCAGAGACGACGAGGAAAUAGCCAAUGCCGCUGCUGGCUUCGGGGAACACAGAAAUAAACGCAUCCAGUCGCUACCGCUUCGGGCACCCCCUCGACCAGCACAGCACAGCCCGUCCCCAAGUGUUGUGCCACUCAAUGCGAGCUCUUCUUCUGCUGGUCCUCGCCCUCACCUCGAGCCCUUCCAGCCUCCGUCUGGUCAAGAUGCCCUCCUGCAACAAGAUGCCGAGAUGGACAUGAUGGACACGACAAUCUCGCCACCUCUGGAUCAAGAUGGAGUCGCACAACCCCCCGCCCUACUACUCGGUCGUUCAACGGCUCGAAUGCCCACGCCCAUCCAACCACAUUUUGCGGCACAAGUGAGGGGACAGCACAGUGGAUGGGCUGCUGAUUUGCGAGCCCAGACGACCCCAAAUGGAGUUGCGAAUCUCGGCCAUCAUGUCAUGGGCAUCUCACAGGAGCAGUCAGUGUCGCGAGCAAUGACGAGAGGGCCAGACUGGCAGACUCUGCAAAACCACAGACGGCCACCUUCACCCAUAUCGGAAAUGAGCGACCCCAGUAUGCAAGAUGGCAGUGAUAUCCCAACAUGCGUCAUGAUGGAUAGUGAGGACCACCUUGGUCAACAGAGCCAGCUCAGUCCAGUCCACGGCGCAAUGUCUGGACACCCAUCACCAUUGCACGCCAUGGAGCACCCAAAUGCCAUGAUUGAUUCUGAUUCUCAUCACCUCCUGCUACACGGCGAAUCCGAUAUCGAUCUUUCGACUCCGUCUCCAACUCGCAAAGGGCAUCAGCGCAGUAAGCACACGGUUAACAGCUGGACGUGGCAGCCUGGCAUGAAGAAGAGUUUCAGCAUAGGAUACCGAUCGGACUGUGAGAAAUGCAGGCUCAAAGUCCCAGGUCAUUUUAAUCACAUUGUGAUCUCAUAG